GUUUUCUCUGUAGCAGCCAUGGCGGAUAUUUUCUCGUGACACAAUCUGCAGCUUCCAUGGCUUUCAAUACACUUCUGCGAUCUUUGAUUUUUAUGUUCCUGUCGAUAAUCUGGCGAGGAACCCUUGACAGAUAUGCUGCCUGUAGUGGUGGUGCAUGGAGGUGCUGGUCAUAUUCCUAAAGAAAGAGUUGAACUCUCUACUAUCGGUGUGAAAGAGGCAGCCAGGACUGGGUAUGCCAUCCUCCAGAAGGGUGGAAGUGCCAUGGAUGCUGUGGUUGAAGCAGUGACCUUCAUGGAGAACAACCCAAGAUUCAAUGCAGGUCGGGGGUCAGUGUUAAAUGUGAAGGGGGAAGUAGAGAUGGAUGCAAUUGUGAUGGAUGGCAAGUCACUAGCUAGCGGGGCUGUGUCAGCAGUCCGAAGAGUGGCUAACCCUGUGCAACUGGCCAGGCUUGUCAUGGAGAAGACCAACCACUUGUGUCUGACAGCCGAAGGGGCCUCUAAGUUUGCCAGAAGCAUGGGUGUACCGGAAGUGCCUGAGGAGUCAUUGAUCACAGACUAUGCCAAGAUGCGCUGGAAGAAGAACCUGGAGCCAGAUGCCAACCCUGUGGAAUGCCAAAUGGGCAAGAUGGGAACAGUAGGUGCAGUAGCUGUGGACAUAGACGGAAACAUUGCUUGUGCUACAUCCACUGGUGGAAUGGUUAAUAAAAUGGAGGGUCGUGUGGGAGACACGCCGUGUGUUGGAUGUGGUGGCUAUGCAGAUAACAAGAUUGGGGCUGUCUCACCCACAGGACAUGGGGAAGCCAUUAUGAAGGUCACUCUGUCCAGACUGGUUCUCUUUCACAUGGAGCAAGGGAAAACACCAGAGGAAGCGAGUGACCUGGCUCUUGCGUAUAUGAAGGAGCGGGUGGAGGGUCUCGGCGGGGUGGUGGUGGUAGAUCCCAAAGGGACCUGGGCAGCUCGCUUCAGCAGUUUACAGAUGUCAUGGGCCGCUGCCCAGCAGGGUGAACUCCACUUUGGGCUGUACCAUGGUGAAGACUUUGUAGAGCCUGUACAAGAGCACACAUAAUGAACACAUGCACACGCACACACACAC